AGUCUGGAUCUGUAAAAGCAGCAAAGAAUCCUGUGGCACCUUAUAGACUAACAGAUGUUUUGGAGCAUGAGCUUUCGUGGGUGAAUACCCACUUCCUCAGAUGCAUGUAAUGGAAAUAUCCAGGGGCAGGUAUAUAUAUGUGUGCUAGCAAGCAAGCUAGAGAUAACGAGGUCAGUUCAAUCAGGGAGGAUGAGGCCCUGUUCUAGCAGUUGAGGUGUGAAAACCAAGAGAGGAGAAACUGGUUCUGUAAUUGGCAAGCCAUUCACAGUCUUUGUUCAAUCCUGAGCUGAUGGUGUCAAAUUUGCAGAUGAACUGAAGCUCAGCAGUUUCUCUUUGAAGUCUGGUCCUGAAGUUUUUUUGCUGCAGGAUGGCCACCUUAAGGUCUGCUAUAGUGUGGCCAGGGAGGUUGAAGUGCUCUCCUACAGGUUUUUGUAUAUUGCCAUUCCUAAUGUCUGAUUUGUGUCCAUUUAUCCUUUUCCGUAGAGACUGUCCAGUUUGGCCGAUGUACAUAGCAGAGGGGCAUUGCUGGCAUAUGAUGGCGUAUAUUACAUUGGUGGAUGUGCAGGUGAAUGAACCAGUGAUGGUGUGGCUGAUCUGGUUAGGUCCUGUGAUGGUGUCGCUGGUGUAGAUAUGUGGGCAGAGUUGGCAUCGAGGUUUGUUGCAUGGAUUGGUUCCUGAGCUAGAGUUAUUAUGGUGUGGUGUGCAGUUACUGGUGAGAACCCGCAUGGCCCCACAAUAUGCCAAUAUCUUCAUGGCCGACCUGGAACAACGCUUCCUCAGCUCUCGUCCACUCACACCCCUUCUCUAUCUACGCUACAUUGAUGACAUCUUCAUCAUCUGGACCCAUGGGAAGGAGACUCUGGAAAAAUUCCACCAUGAUUUCAACAGCUUCCACCCCACCAUCAACCUCAGCCUGGACCAAUCUACACGGGAGGUCCACUUUCUUGACACCACGGUGCAAAUAAGUGAUGGUCACAUUAACACCACCCUAUAUCGAAAACCCACCGACCGCUAUGCCUACCUUCAUGCCUCCAGCUUCCAUCCCGGGCACAUCACACGAUCCAUUGUCUACAGCCAAGCACUGAGGUACAACCGCAUCUGCUCUGACCCCUCAGACAGAGACCAACACCUACAAAAUCUCCACCAAGCAUUCUCAAAACUACAAUACCCGCAUGAGGAAAUAAGGAAACAGAUCAACAGAGCCAGACGUGUACCCAGAAGCCUCCUACUGCAAGACAAACCCAAGAGAGAAACCAACAGGACUCCGCUGGCCAUCACAUACAGCCCCCAGCUAAAACCCCUCCAACGCAUCAUCAAAGAUCUACAACCCAUCCUGGACAAUGAUCCCACACUUUCACAGGCCUUGGGUGGCAGGCCAAUCCUUGCCCACAGACAACCUGCCAACCUGAAACAUAUUCUCACCAGUAACUGCACACCACACCAUAAUAACUCUAGCUCAGGAACCAAUCCAUGCAACAAACCUCGAUGCCAACUCUGCCCACAUAUCUACACCAGCGACACCAUCACAGGACCUAACCAGAUCAGCCACACCAUCACUGGUUCAUUCACCUGCACAUCCACCAAUGUAAUAUAUGCCAUCAUAUGCCAGCAAUGCCCCUCUGCUAUGUACAUCGGCCAAACUGGACAGUCUCUACGGAAAAGGAUAAAUGGACACAAAUCAGACAUUAGGAAUGGCAAUAUACAAAAACCUGUAGGAGAGCACUUCAACCUCCCUGGCCACACUAUAGCAGACCUUAAGGUGGCCAUCCUGCAGCAAAAAAACUUCAGGACCAGACUUCAAAGAGAAACUGCUGAGCUUCAGUUCAUCUGCAAAUUUGACACCAUCAGCUCAGGAUUGAACAAAGACUGUGAAUGGCUUGCCAAUUACAGAACCAGUUUCUCCUCUCUUGGUUUUCACACCUCAACUGCUAGAACAGGGCCUCAUCCUCCCUGAUUGAACUGACCUCGUUAUCUCUAGCUUGCUUGCUAGCACACAUAUAUAUACCUGCCCCUGGAUAUUUCCAUUACAUGCAUCUGAGGAAGUGGGUAUUCACCCACGAAAGCUCAUGCUCCAAAACAUCUGUUAGUC